AUGCAACGUUUGGAGUGGCUAAUAAAAUCUGUGCUACGUACGCUCUGUUGCUUGACGACACUGCUGCCCAUACCGCAUUUACCACUGCUCAGCACUUUUUUACGUCUCGCUAUGCUCGCUUGGCUUACUGCCAACUUUUAUGUGGUGUUCUCAUUUUUCUUUGAAGACGUUAUUUUUAAUCUUGCCGACAUAUUGGGUCUGAUACACUUUCAUCUGGACCUAUUCAUAUACGUUGUGGCGAUAGUCGAAUCGAUGGUUAAGAAGCGCAGCUUUGGUGAAUUAACUACGCUGCGUUGCCAACUACAUGAACUUGGUGCAAAUCAUUUGUCGAAAGCGGAAGUAGCAGCUUAUCCUGUUCGGAGUAUGAUUCUGGUGUUUAGCGUGCCAUUGUUUUGUGAAUUAGUAAGAUUAUGGGUUAUGUUCACGACUUACCGCACACCAGUAAGCUACUAUUCUGUGCUUCUUGAGUUGGGCACCCAAACCCGUUUCCUACAAAUCAUUAACACCAUUAUGACUUUGAAUCAGGAGGCGCAAAAUGUCACAAAACUGUUGGAGAAGUUAGUUGCACAGAAUAAGCAUAAGUCGAGAUAUGGCAGUGAUAUUUGGAUGCCAUAUACGCCACGGGAAUACGAGCAGCUGAAUUUGUUGCGUCUGUUGUAUGGUCGCCUUUAUAAGGCGUAUGGCUGUGCGGAUGAUUGUUUUGCUUGGUGCAUUCUUCUAUUUAUAAUGGAAAAGUUUUUUUUCCUUGUUUGUAAUUUAUAUUGGUGUGCACAGAUGUUUUUCGAAGAGCCAACAAUUUUUAAAAUAUUCUACAACUUAUCGUCAACGCUAAAAGCAGGAUUCCAAAUAGUGGUGCUGUGUGCGAUAGGUUCUGAAGUGGAAAACUAUAGUCGCUAUAUUGGCUGUCUCAUUUCCAGGCUGCCGAAACCAUUGGGUAAUAAGCCAUACAAUGAUCUCGUUACAAACUUCUCAAUUCAAACACUUCAUCAGCAAUUCUCCAUAAAAGCUAAGCAUUUUUGCGUUUUAAAUCGAACGCUUCUGGGCAGCAUGAUAAGUGCGAUUAUCACCUACUCUGUCAUACUCAUUCAGUUUCUGCUUGGUGAGAAGUAG